CGGCUGCUUCUUCUGUUUUCUAAGCUUAUCUAGGCAUGCCUACCCCUCCCAUCCCCUUUCUGUCUGCGGGGAUUUUUGCACUAGGUAACGCAUCCGCAGAGACCCAGAAGCUUCCCAAUCGAGGCGAAGUAAACUGAGUAUCGCAGCCUCCUGGGAUGCGCUGCCGACCCCAAAGCCAAGCCCGUAUCCCGUCAAAGGGAUGCGGUAAGAUAAAGGGGAGCCUGUGGGAAACGAGGAUCUUUGUCGUCUGGAGGGCUGGAAAGGGCCUGAGAGCUGCUUGAGCACUGUGGGAUGCCACGGAGGGCUGUGACGCCUCGCCCCGAGCUGAGUAUGCGGCAGGAUACCGUGCGUCAGGGCUGGUUUUGAGGAAGGGAACUCCCCAUUUCCGUUGAUUUGCAAGAGCAGCUGGCAAACCAGAGGUCUGCAAAGAUUUUUGGCUGGACUUCAACAAUGAUGCUGCCCAAGGGUUUUGCGGUAUGCGCUAAAGUGCACAAGGUGUCAGGGACCCUGCAGGAACCAGUGUGUCUUUUCGCUCCCACCUGGGAGGGAUCAGAGGUGCCUCGAGUACUGGAAAGUAUCAUAUUGUAGUUGGGUGUCACCUGUGGUGGAGAACUGCCCUGGGGGCUUGGCUUGUCUCAUCACACCCCUUCCUCCUCCGUGGAGGACCUGCAGUGUCCAUCAGCAUAAGCCUGGGGAGGUGCCAGUAGCUGACCCCAUUGCUUUAAAGACCCAUGUGGUUCCUCUCCCAUUCUGGGGUCUGAAAUGCUUUCCUUUGCUCUGCGCUUGCGUGACCGCCCUCUGCCACUGAGCACAGCCCUCCCGAGUAUUUUGAGCCAGAGAGCUAAGAAUAACUCCUACGGUGCCCGUGUCUGCACAGAGCUCCCCGUGUCCGCAGCCAUGUCCCGUGCUGGGAGUGGAGCAGAAGGUAGGGGUGCUGGUGCCAAGCUAUGAUGCCCUUUGGCGGGAUGGCUGCUCGUGUGGAGAGAGACCGCUUGAGAGCCGAGGGGCUUGGUGAGCACAACAACGCCAUCAAGUACCUCAACCAGGACUAUGAGGCCCUCAAGCAGCAGUGCAUUGAGAGUGGCACCCUCUUCAGGGAUCCCCAAUUCCCAGCUGGCCCGUCUGCCCUUGGAUUCAAGGAGCUGGGGCCACACUCCAGCAAGACACGGGGAGUAGAGUGGAAGCGUCCGUCGGAAUUAGUGGAUGACCCUCAGUUCAUCGUUGGUGGUGCCACCCGGACGGACAUCUGCCAGGGGGCUCUGGGCGACUGCUGGCUGCUGGCUGCCAUUGGCUCCCUCACGCUCAACGAGGAGCUCCUGCACCGCGUGGUGCCCCAUGGACAGAGCUUCCAGGAGGACUAUGCUGGCAUCUUUCACUUCCAGAUCUGGCAGUUUGGUGAGUGGGUGGAUGUGGUGGUGGAUGACCAGCUGCCCACCAAGGAUGGGGAACUUCUGUUUGUCCACUCAGCGGAGUGCACCGAGUUCUGGAGUGCUCUGCUGGAGAAGGCCUAUGCCAAGCUGAACGGCUGCUACGAGUCACUCUCGGGGGGCAGCACCACCGAGGGCUUCGAGGAUUUCACGGGCGGCGUGGCAGAGAUGUACGACCUGAAGCGGCCGCCACGCAACAUGGGCCACAUCAUCCGCAAGGCGCUGGAGAGGGGCUCCCUGCUGGGCUGCUCCAUCGAUAUCACAAGUGCCUUUGAUAUGGAAGCAGUGACUUUCAAGAAGCUGGUGAAGGGCCACGCCUAUUCAGUCACAGCCUUCAGAGAUGUGAACUACCGGGGUCAGCAGGAACAACUCAUCCGCAUCAGGAACCCCUGGGGUCAGGUGGAGUGGACUGGAGCCUGGAGUGAUGGUUCUGCUGAGUGGAACAACAUUGACCCUGACGAGAGGGAAGAGCUGCAGCUGAAGAUGGAGGAUGGAGAGUUCUGGAUGUCUUUCCGUGACUUCAUGAGGGAGUUCUCCAGGCUCGAGAUCUGCAACCUGACCCCCGAUGCCCUCACCAAGGACGAGCUCAGCAGAUGGCACACACAGGUGUUCGAGGGCACGUGGCGCCGGGGGAGCACUGCCGGGGGCUGCAGGAAUCACCCAGCCACAUUCUGGAUCAACCCCCAGUUUAAGAUCAAGUUGCUGGAAGAAGAUGAUGACCCUGGGGAUGAUGAGGUGGCCUGCAGCUUCCUGGUGGCUCUGAUGCAGAAGCAUCGACGGCGCGAGCGGCGGGUGGGAGGUGACAUGCACACCAUUGGCUUUGCUGUCUACGAGGUUCCUGAGGAGGCCCAGGGCAUGCAGAAUGUGCACUUGAAGAAGGACUUCUUCCUGCGAAACCAGUCCCGGGCACGGUCUGAGACCUUCAUCAACCUGCGGGAGGUGAGCAACCAGAUCCGGCUGCCCCCCGGCGAGUACAUCAUUGUGCCCUCCACCUUCGAGCCGCACAAGGAGGCCGACUUCGUCCUGCGCGUUUUCACCGAGAAACAGUCGGACACAGCGGAGCUGGAUGAGGAGAUCUCGGCAGAUCUGGCAGAUGAGGAGGAAAUAACUGAGGAUGACAUAGAGGACAGCUUCAAGAACAUGUUCCAGCAGCUGGCAGGGGAGGACAUGGAAAUCAGCGUCUUUGAGCUUCGGACCAUUCUGAACAGAGUCAUCUCUAGACACAAAGAUCUGAAAACAGAUGGGUUCAGCCUGGACUCCUGCCGCAACAUGGUCAACCUGAUGGAUAAAGAUGGCAGUGCCCGCCUUGGGCUGGUAGAAUUCCAGAUCCUAUGGAACAAGAUCCGGAGCUGGCUGACGAUCUUUCGCCAGUAUGACCUGGAUAAGUCAGGCACCAUGAGCUCCUAUGAGAUGCGCAUGGCUCUGGAGUCAGCCGGUUUCAAGCUGAACAACAAGCUGCAUCAGGUGGUGGUGGCGCGCUAUGCGGACAAUGACAUGGGCGUGGACUUUGACAACUUUGUCUGCUGCCUUCUGAAGCUGGAGACCAUGUUCAGGUUCUUCCGUAGCAUGGACCCUGAAGGUACUGGCACUGCUGUCAUGAACCUUUCUGAGUGGCUGCUGCUGACGAUGUGUGGCUAGGAGUUACAACAGAUCUGCUGAAGCUGGGACACCCCAAUGGGCCAGGCCCACUCCAAGUGCCUCCCCUCGGAUCUAUGGAUACAGGAUACUCUUUCCCCCUUGCUCCAUCCCACGCUGAGCCACCAGCCCUGCCUCCCAGCAAGUCUCACACCAUCUUCUCCAGUGGACCAGGGGUUAAGGCAGGCAGGGGAUUCCCUUCUCCUCUUCUGGGCUGGGCUUCUUUCCACAUCCCCUUGCUCCCUCUCACCCCAGAAUAGGAGGAGGGCGAGCAGCAUGGGGUACCUGUGAAUCCCUGCAUGGUGGCAAGCUGGGGCCAGCUGCAGAGCACGGAGAGGCAGCUGCUGGGGCAUGAGGGGGAGGACACUUGUAUUGCUUUAUCUAGUGCUGACCCAUCCCCUCCAGCACACAUUGCCUAUCUCUGCACCCACACCUGGGAGCAUCAGCACAUACUGCCUUGCUCAGGCAGCAGGUUCCUGAAGAAGCCACAGUGGCCUUCUGGGAGGAGGAAUGGCCACACUCGAUAGCAUGAAGCCUUGCACCGUACUUAUCACCACUAAGCACAACCAAAGUGUGGAGCCUGCUGGCUCUUUUCUGCGUGGCAUUCAACACAUCCCUUCCACUUCCAUGGCCCUGCCUAAGUCCACCACUGGGUCAAGCUCUACAACUCAAGCACUGAAUGUUUUGGGGCUCCUCCAUCAUGUGAACACAUGCAACCCUGUAGUGCAGCACUGAAGCUCCUCUUGCCCACGCAGGCACAGCUACGCCAUCACUGUCACAGCAGCCUGGCCUCCCCUCCCAUCCCUGGGAGCUCCUGGGACAUCUGCUGCCCUUGGUCAUGGCCCACAGCAGGGCUAAGGGGUACAGCACCCAAGAGGCAAUGCCUUCCUCCAGAGAGCAAGGGGUGGUGGUUUAUGGGGGUCUGCGGCACAAAGUUGGGUUUUUUCUCCCAAUCCCUCAUCCUCCCAUACUGUAACACUGUCCUCUUAUCUUGGGCUCCUUUGCCUAGAGCGGAUGAACUCCAGUGCCAACAUAUUUGCACUUCUCUGUGCUACUCCAUUCCCCUCACCUUCUUCUGGGGUAAUGGGGUGGCUCCAGCCUGGCAGUGAGUGAGGGCCCGUCCCCUGCCCUGUCGAGGCAGGCAGGCAGUUUGCUUCCCCAGACCCCUCCCUGCACUGGAGGAUGCACCUGCAGCAAUAACCACUGCUGCCUGCCCAGCAGCUCUGCUUCCUCACCCUGCUCACUGUGCUCUUCAGGAAUAAACAGAUCUGUUAGA